AUGAAUGAGGAGGACGACUACGAGAAUGGCGCCAGCUCCGCCGAGGAGGAAGAUGAGCAGGAGGAGAACGAUGCCAUGGAUGUAGACGAGGAGGAAGAGGGCGACGAUGCAGACGACGGCGAUAAUGACGACGACGAUGCAGACGGAGACAACGACAACGACGAUGAAGACCAGGACCAAGAUCAGGACCAGGACGAGCCCGACAGCCCUUCGCAGCGACCGCGCAACAGCAUAUCCAAUGGCGGUACAGCUGGACAAGCAGAGGGAAAUCCAUCUGUCACCCUCACAUCACCCAGCCCUCGAGCGGCGGCUUCGGGCGUGCUCGGAAACCUGCCCUUCCACCCGAGCGUGCGACAGGAGGCCUUGAAUGCGCCUAUAUACGACAUCAUACCCACCAUCGCCGCACCGCAUAGCACCUCAAUCAAUGCCAUCACCGCCACACCGGACAUGCGAUGGGUCUUCAGUGGAGGCGCAGACGGCUAUAUACGAAAGUUCAAUUGGGUGGACACAGCCAACGGCAAGCUUGCCCUAACUGUGGCCCAGCGACACCCUUUCGUUGACUCGGUCACCAAGGCGGGCGUGCUUCUCUCAUACUGGGAGAAUGAGGACAGUGCCGCAGCCGAGAGCUUGUCCCCUGUGUACUCGCUCGCAGUACACCACCAAGCCCUAUGGCUGUUGUCGGGUCUGGACUCGGGAGGCAUAAACCUGCAGUCGGUGCGCCAUCAGGAAGGAACGCGGAUACACACUCUCAAGAACCAUACCUCAGCCGUCUCGGUCUUGACAUUGUCGCAGGACGAGACGUCGGUAUUGAGUGGUAGUUGGGACAAGACUAUCAAUGACUGGGACUUGAACACUGGAAGCGUUAAGAGGAAGUUCGAGACGAGCGGAGGACAGAUAUCCGCAAUCGAGCAACGUCCCAUGUCUACAUUACCUAUACCUCAGGAUACCGAAACCCUUCCUACAUCGAACGGCACUUUCUCCUCCAACAACUCCGCUCGACCUCGAACCAACGGCGCCCUCGCGAACGGCGCCGAUAUAAAGCCCGUGAUACCCAAAGACGAAGGUGCUGAGGAUGCCCAGGGAUCUCCAGACGACUCGCUGUUUGGAGACAAGGACCAGGACUCUUUGUUCGGCGACGGCCAGGAAAACAACCUCUCGGCCACUCUUCCUUCGUUCGGUGGUGACGACGACGAGGACGAGUUCUCCAGAGCCAUCGCGAACGGCAUACAACAAGCGGACGACGACGCCAAUGCGGACAUGGACAUGAUGGACAUGGGCGGUCCUGUACAAGCACCCGAGGAGCCAGCUGCGGAUCAAGCGAAGGAACCCCCAGUAGAUGCUGAGAACCAACCAGCAGCGAAUGGAACUACAGAUGCGCAGCUUAAUGGCACUGCCAAUGGCCUGCCCCAUGGAGAGGAUCUAGAACAGUCCACGACUACUUCCGCAAACCAGACCGAGCAGCCUGCUUCAUCUGAAACGACCUUUAUGGACGCGUCAAUGGACGGCACAUUGCGUAUCUGGGACCGCCGGCAACCGAACCCAGUCGCACGCAUCACACCCCCGCGAAACACACCACCGUGGUGCAUGAACGCAUGCUGGUCACCAGACGGCAACUUCAUCUACGCUGGCCGGCGAAACGGAACAGUGGACGAGUACAGUCUGCACAAGAGUCUACGAGAGCCGCGACGCACAUUCCGGUUCCCCAGCGUCAGUGGUGCAGUGAGCGCAGUUCGGGCUAUGCCCAAUGGGCGACAUCUCAUUUGCGCAUCAUACGACAUCCUCCGUCUCUACGACCUCGCCCACAACGACGCGGGACCGAAAGCCGGCGCGGCCGCUACACCCUUCUUCAUUGUCCCCGGACACCGCACCGGCGUCAUAUCGCAGCUAUACCUCGACCCAACGUGCAACUUCAUGAUCUCAACGGGCGGAAAUCGGGGCUGGGAGGGAGCAUCAACAGAGGUGAUGCUUGGAUAUGAGAUUGGCAUCGGAUCUUAG